AUGAACGCCAGCGCACUCCUUGCUAAUACCCUAUCUCCUGACACUGAAACGCGUCAAAAUGCCACUCAGCAACUCGAGAGUGCUUCUAGGGAGAAUUAUCCGGCGUACAUGCUGAUGUUGUCAGAUGAGCUACGCAAUGAGACCUCUCAAAUCCAUACUCGUAAUGCUGCUGGUCUUGCCCUCAAAAAUGCCCUUUCUGCCCGCGAUUCCACAAGGCAAGAUGAGUAUUCCGCAAGAUGGAUGGCCCUCGAUGUCGAUGCCAGGCAGAAGAUCAAGGAGGCCUCUCUCUUAACUCUUGCUUCUCCUCAACCAAGGGCAGGCGCAGUCGCCGCCCAGGUUGUUUCCGCGAUCGCAGCGGUAGAAUUGCCCGUCGGCCAAUGGCCGGAUCUCAUUGAAAUUCUCCUCGGUUUCAUCAACACGUCCGAUGACACCAAUUUGAAGAUCGCCACCCUGCAGGCUAUUGGUUACAUCUGCGAAACUAUAAAACCGGAGGUGUUGGCUUUGAGGUCAAACGAAAUUUUGACGGCUGUUAUUCAUGGCGCUCGCAAGGAGGAGCCAUCCUCGGAAGUCCAGCUGGCUGCAGUGCACGCGCUGUUUAAUUCUUUGGAGUUCGUACGGGACAAUUUCGACCGAGAAGGAGAACGAAACUACAUUAUGCAAGUCGUUUGCGAAGCUACUCAGAACCCCUCGGUAUCAGUUCAAGUCGGCGCUUUCGAGUGUUUGGUGAAGAUCAUGGCACUGUACUAUGACAAGAUGGCGUUUUAUAUGGAACAAGCCUUGUUCGGCCUUACGGUCAUGGGCAUGAAGCAUUCGGAUGAACGAGUCGCGUUGCAAGCUGUAGAAUUUUGGACCACAGUGUGUGAGGAAGAGAUUGAGCUUGCCCAUGAGGCACGAGAGGCAGCUGAAUACGACGAGCCACCCGAACUCGAGUCCAAGCACUUUGCCAAGGUUGCUCUGCCGGAAGUUAUUCCGGUCCUCCUGAACCUCCUGACGCAACAAGACGAAGACGCUGAUGAGGGCGAAUGGAACCUUGCUAUGAGUGCUGGCACUUGCCUCAACUACAUGGCUCAGGCCGUCGCAGAUGCGAUCGUGCCCGCUGUCAUCCCCUUCAUCGAGGCGCACAUCAAGGCUCAAGACUGGCACCAACGCGAGGCAGCCGUGAUGACAUUCGGCUCUAUCCUCGACGGUCCUGAUCCACAAGUUCUCACCCCUCUCGUCAACCAGGCACUUCCUCUUUUGAUCGGCAUGAUGAAUGAUGAGAAUCUCCAUGUUAAAGAUACAACAGCGUGGACGCUCGGGCGAAUCUGCGAUCUACUAAUAGUAACGAUCAAGCCUGAUGUGCAUCUCCAUCCUCUUGUAUCGGCGCUCGUCAACGGUCUCGUUGAUCGCCCGCGUAUCAUCACCAAUUGUUGUUGGGCUCUCAUGAACCUCGCUGAUCAAAUCGGCAUUUACCUUGACGAAUAUAUCACCUCCGCUCCUGAGAGUCCGCUUUCGCCAUAUUUUGAGGGCAUAGUAAGCGCUCUUCUGAGGGUUACGGAGACCACCGCAAACGAAGCGAACUUCCGAACUUCCGCAUAUGAAGCUAUAACUUCAUAUGUCUCCCACUCUACUACUGACUGUAUCCCUGUUGUACAAAACACCGUCAUUGCUAUUUUGCAGAGAAUGGAGCAACUUCUGAAUAUGCAGAACCAGAUCGUCGGUGUCGACGACCGUAAUAACUGGAAUGAACUACAGAGCAAUCUCUGCAGUGUCGUCAUCAGCGUCAUUCGGAGGCUCGGGGGAGGCAUUCAACCCAUGGCAGAUCGUAUCAUGACCCUCAUCCUCCAGCUUAUCCAAGGAGCAGGAAAGACGUCAACUGUGCUUGAAGACGCUUUCCUGGUUGUUGGAUCUCUAGCUGCCGCGCUGGAAGCGGGCUUCGCACCAUAUAUUCAAGCAUUCCUGCCAUUCCUGUAUCCUGCCCUUAAAGCGCACGAAGAUACCCAGCUGUGCAUGGUUGCUGUAGGCAUCAUCGGGGACAUCUCGCGUGCACUUGGCGAUCAGAGCGCUCAGUACGCGGGCGCGUUCAUGAACGUAUUACUCGAGAACCUGCAGAGCAACGUUCUUAACCGGAACGUCAAGAUCUCAAUACUAUCGUGCUUUGGCGAUAUCGCGCUCGCUAUCGGACCCGCUUUUGAUCCGUAUUUGAAUACGACUAUGGAUGUGCUGAGACAAGCGGGCUCUGUGCAACCUAACCCUCUCGACUUCGAUCUCAUGGAUUACGUCGCACAACUACGGGAAGGAAUCCUAGAAGCAUACACUGGCGUUGUCACUGGGUUCAAGAAUACUGAUAAAGCACCUGCACUACUCCCUCACGUCCCCAGCAUCCUCGAGCUCGUUCACCAAUGUCUAGCCGAUGACGAGAGAUCCGACUCCGUCGUGAAGCUUUCUUUCGGUCUUAUCGGUGAUCUCGCAGACUGCUUCCCCAACGGCCAGAUCAAAGAGCACCUGCUCGACGAAUGGAUCGCUCAAGAGUUCCGCAGUAAGCGCGGUAUGCAGCAAGAGACGAAGAAGACGCUGCGGUGGGCUCGGGAAAUGAUCAAACGCGCGACUGCAUAG